AUGACUACUUCUGCUGUCAUAAUUCCUAUGUUCUGGUUGCUCUUGUUAGUAGCUACCAUUAGUGUUGGAUUCUGCUAUGGGUGCUCCAGUGCAGGAUGCAGGCUGAGUGAUGAAGGUGCCCUUUUGAAGUUCAAGAACGAUCUCACCGACCCUUCAAACCGGCUUGCAUCCUGGGUUAGUGAUGAGGAUUGCUGUAGAUGGUCUGGAGUUGUUUGCAACAACUUAACUGGCCAUGUUCUUGAGCUCUAUCUUGGAACCCACAUUUCUUAUGAUGUAAAAUUAGCCUCCACUGCUUCUGUUGACUUGGAAGAUAAUCGUGGAUCAAAGCUCGGCGGCGAGAUUAGCUCUUCUUUGCUCAACUUGAAAUAUUUGAGGUACUUGGACCUAAGCAACAAAGAUUUUGGAGGAAUUCACAUCCCCAAGUUUCUUGGCUCCAUGAGGAAUCCAAGCCACCUCUCUGGCAAGGUUCCUCUGUCACUGAAAAAUUGUACCCAAUUAGUCACACUGGAUUUUACUGUAAACAAUUUCACAGGGAACCUUCCAACAUGGAUGGGGAAACUUUCAAGGAUGAAGAUUCUAAAUCUUCAUGCAAAUCAGUUUGAUGGCCAAAUACCUGUAGAAUUUUGUGAUCUAGCUUCUUUACAAGUUUUGGAUCUUGCUUAUAACAACUUGAAUGGAACUAUACCGAGCUGCAUCGACCAUUUUAGUUCCAUAGACAAGAUGAAUGGUUCUAAAGGCCUCAUUGAUUUGCGGAAGAAUUCCUCAAGCACUCAGUUGCAAAGCUUCAUUUCAUCCAGCUUCACUGGCAACAAAGGUCUUUGUGGACUUCCAAGAAUCGCAGUGCAGAUGGUACAAAUAAUGAUCAUAAUGGAAGAGAUAAAAGGGGAUGAUAGUUCUGACGUUAACUGGUUCAAUGUGAGCUUGCCAGUUGGAUUUGUGGUGGUAUUUUGGUUUGUACUGGGUCCUUCGGUGUUGAGAAGACAUCUGCAUUCCAUGUAUGCAGUCCACCCAUUGCAUGGGAGGAACAACAAACAAGGAGGCAAGUUUUAG